CGCAGAUAAUUCUGUUACAGAUUUACAAACAUUCUACACAUUACUAAAAUGAAGGUUUUUAUGUUUUUGUUGUUUGUUGUUAUUAUACAAAUUUCUGGAUUUUCCAUUCCCACCAUUCAUGAUACAAAAGAAACAGGAUGUGUCAAUGGAAGGUGUGGAGAUUAUUGCGUAUUUGAUGAUGCAAAAGUUUUCCCAGGAGAAGAAUUAAAUCAAAUAGGAUUGUGCCGGAAAUUAUAUUGUCACACAGAUUUUACAAUUUUAAUGUCAGUUUGUUCCGAAUUUGAUAUGUACGAUGAAUACGAUUGGAGUGAACAAGACAACAGCAAACCUUUUCCCAAAUGUUGUGGAACUAAAGGUGCGAAGAAACCCGGAAAUUACAGUGACUUUGAAUAAAUUUUUAAUGUUUAUUUAAAUUAAACACAAAAAUUGCGAAACUUGUAGGAGAAAACUUGUAAUUUGAACAAAUAAACUUAUAA